GGGAGGGGAAGGGGGAGGGGAAGCGGGGACUGAAGAGCUGGGGGCUAGAAGCCACAGGGGCUUGAAGACAGCCCGGGAGUGCAGCCGCUCAGCUGGAGGAAGGAGACGACUGCAAGCCCCCAGGGAGAGGCCCGACAGAGAUGGAGCAGAAGGAAGGGAAGCCCUCUGAGGACGGAACCCCUGUGUCCCCAACCACAGAGGUCCCAGAGACAGUGGGAGGGGGAGCCUCUGCUGAGGAGGAGGCCACAGGCCCAGCUGAGAGGACCAUCACAGAGGGGCCUCCAGACGGAGCAGGAAAGCAGGAGAGGGCACCAGCUGAGGAUAGCAUUACAGCUGAAUUCCAGGGGGAAUCCAAAGGGGAGGCUGAACUUCAAAAGGAGGACAGCAGGAAGAAAGAGACCACCGUGGCUCCUCAGGAGAUGGCUGAUUGGAAAGAAGAGACCAACUCCGAACCCAAGGAGACGGAGGGAAAAGAGGAGAUCACGUUGGCCUCUGAGAAGCAGCAGGCUGAUGAGAAAGAGGCCAAGCCUGGAUCUAGGGAGAAACCCAAUGUGAAUGAUGAGGUGCAGGCUGCUGGGAAUGAGGAGGCCAAGGCUGGAGACAGGGAGGCUGCUGGGAAUGAGGAGGCCAAGGCUGGAGACAGGGAGGCUGCUGGGAAGGAGGAGGCCAAGGUUGGAGGCAGGGAGGCCAAAGGGAAGGAGGAGGCCAAGGCUGGAGACAGGGAGGCUGCUGGGAAGGAGGAGGCCAAGGCUGGAGACAGGGAGGCUGCUGGGAAGGAGGAGGCCAAGGUUGGAGGCAGGGAGGCCAAAGGGAAGGAGGAGGCCAAGGCUGGAGACAGGGAGGCUGCUGGGAAGGAGGAGGCCAAGGCUGGAGACAGGGAGGCUGCUGGGAAGGAGGAAGCCAAGGCUGGAGACAGGGAGGCUGCUGGGAAGGAGGAGGCCAAGGUUGGAGGCAGGGAGGCCAAAGGGAAGGAGGAGGCCAAGGCUGGAGACAGGGAGGCUGCUGGGAAGGAGGAGGCCAAGGUUGGAGGCAGGGAGGCCAAAGGGAAGGAGGAGGCCAAGGCUGGAGACAGGGAGGCUGCUGGGAAGGAGGAGGCCAAGGUUGGAGGCAGGGAGGCUGCUGGGAAGCAGGAGGCCACAAUGGCCUCUCAGGAGGUGAGCAACAAGACGGAGGAGCCCAAGGCUGAAACCCAAGAGAAAGCCAGUGCCCCAGAGGCCAAGUCGGACUCUCAGAAGACUGCCGUGGAAGAUGAGGCCAAGCCUAAACCACAGGAGGAGGAGGUGAAGGAGGAGGUGGAGCCAGGCUGUCCUGAUGAAGAGCAGGACCAGGGCGCGGAGAAAGGGGCAGAGGAAGGGGCAGGAGCGCUUCCCCGGUCCGCCGAGGAAUGGCCCGAGAGCCCCACGGAGGAGGGCAGCGGCCUCAGCCCAGAUGGGCUGAGUCCAGACACCGCAGCUUCCGGAGAGACCAGUCCUUCAGCCAGUGAAUCUUCACCCAGCGACGUGUCCCAGAGCCCCACGGAGCCCCCUCCCUCACAGGAGAAGAAAGACAAGGCGCCAGAGCGCAGGGUGUCAGCCCCUGCCCGGCCCCGGGGGCCCCGUGCCCAGAACCGCAAAGCCAUCGUAGACAAGUUUGGGGGGGCAGCCUCGGGCCCCACGGCCCUGUUCCGGAACACCAAGGCCGCGGGGGCAGCCAUCGGCGGCGUUAAGAACAUGCUCUUGGAGUGGUGUCGGGCCAUGACGAGGAGCUACGAGCAUGUGGACAUCCAGAACUUCUCCUCAAGCUGGAGCAGUGGCAUGGCCUUCUGCGCCCUCAUCCACAAGUUCUUCCCCGAUGCCUUUGACUACGCUGCGCUGGACCCCGCCAAGCGCCGGCACAACUUCUCCCUGGCCUUCUCCACAGCCGAGAAACUGGCCGACUGUGCCCAGCUGCUGGAAGUGGAUGACAUGGUGCGGCUGGCAGUGCCCGACUCCAAGUGCGUCUACACCUACAUCCAGGAGCUGUACCGCAGCCUCGUGCAGAAGGGACUGGUGAAGACCAAGAAGAAAUGAGGGGCUGACCAACCCUGUGGGCAGAGGCGGGCAGGGAGCCCAGCUGACCAGCCGUGGCCCAGAGGCUCACUCCUGCUCAUGGUGGCAGCAGUGCUGGGGCUCAGACAAGGGCAGAUGGUACCAGUCUUAACUACAUGAAAAGUUCUUUUGUAAAAUCCGGUCUAGCCCCUUAGUGCUCCCUCCCUAACCCAGCAGGAACAUCUCUCACUUGGAUAAUAAACCCCGGCCGCCAGGGUUCCUCGUCUGA